AACAUCAGUUGCGCGCGGUUUCUCUAAGGAGCCAUUCGGCGUCCGCGUCAAACGAGAAAAACACGCACCAUAGCUAAUAGAGAAUACAAAUCAAAUUUCGAACGUUCGCGUUCUAACUUUGAAAUUUUAUUUGUAUUUCUUUUAUUGUAAGGCGUUUUUAGGGGUUUAAAAUGAGGAGCGGCUGGCCAGUGUUGGUGGUAUACGUGUUUGUGUGCCUUCAGUGCAGUUUGCAGUUGAUACCGUUACCGGACUUCAUCCACCCAUGCUCCGAACUGUCGGACGAAUGCUUCACCCAGGCCACACUGGACGCCAUCCCUGGGCUGGUGAAGGGCAUCCCGGAGGCCAACAUCCCAUCCCUGGACCCGCUGUACCUGGACAAGAACAUCAGCAUGAACCUGCCCGGUAACGUCAAAAUGACCUUCCAUAAUGGCAGGCUGAUCGGACUCAGCACUUGCGUGCCGCUCAAAGUUUCGUCUCGCCGGGAGACCCGCAAGUUCAUCUUCGACAUUCGCUGCAACUUCACCAUCAAGGGCCACUACAGUCUGCAGGGCAGGAUCCUGCUAUUCAACCUCGACACCGACGGCAACGCCAAGAUCAAAAUAUGGAACCAGCGAAUCCGCCUAGAGGUUUUGGAGAAGGUUGUGAUGGACAAAACUACGGGCGAGGGGCAUUACAAGAUCAAUUCGUACAAGUACAAAGCCGACUACGGCACGGACCUCAAGCUCAACCUCACAAAUUUAUUCCGAGGAAGCGCUGAAAUCAGUGCGAACAUCCUGCAAGUCCUGAACCAGAACUCGCAGCUGGUGGCGCAGGAGUUCGGCGCUCCGAUCCUCGAGUACGCCAUCGACUACGCCAUGAACGUGACGCAGCGCUUCUUCAGCGCCUACACUUACCAACAGAUCUCACACGUGCCCAUCACGCCUGAAUUCUUCGAGAACGAAAAGAAAUAAAGUAAUAUAAAGCCUAGAAUACCUACCUUUUACACGAGCCGAGAAGUGUACAAAAUAUUUGGCGCAAAUACCACGAGGCAGUCUGCUGCAGACAAAUUAGUCGAACCGAUUCGUAUUCGUAAAUGCUGAGCGUAAGUAAGCAUUAAAAGGUUCUGUGUAAUACUUUGGGGUAGUAAGAAUUUAAAUCUUAUGAUUUUGAUAUGCACAAUUCCUUCCUUCAUUCCUUCCUGAUUCCUUCUACACUAUUUUCGCUGAUGCUUGGAGUCAAUUAAGAAAUCUCUGACGAUUUCUUAAUUGAUUGAUUGACUUUCUAUUGGUUAUUUUUUCGAACUGUCUAGAAACAUGCACGCGAAAAUUUUUUGAUUACUAAAUCGGAAAGAAUUUAUUUCUAAGAUAUACGUAUAUACCUUUUGUGCUUAAUUCUCUUGUCUUUUAACCACUUAUCAGGUGUUUCCAUACCAUUUAACAAACAGCGAUUGCUUUUGUACAUGGCAUAUAAAGAAAUUUGCUCAAUUUGUUUUACUUAAACGAUGAUCUUACUAGUUGCGUAUGUCUAACCUAGGUUUCUACAGUGUUUGUGUGAUAUUUAAGUUUGCUAAUAUAAUUUAUUUUUAUUUUAUUUUUAUACUUUGGGGUACAAUGCAGUGGUUCGGAAACAACCGACUGCUUCUUUUGAUACGAUUGUUUAUAAACUGGUGUACCUGCUUACAUUUUGAUUACAUAUUUUAGUAUA